GGGGAGAGCGUCAUCUGGAGCGCUGCAUAGAGACAAGCUCCUGUAGCUUUGUGCUUUUAGCGUCCAGUCGGCUUUAAGCUCAUAAAAACAUUUCUUUCCAACUUCAGCUACAGUGUUAGCUAAGUUCGGAAAGGAGAAAAUACAGAAACGUCGUGUCUUUUUCUUUGUUUUUGUGACGCUGCAGAGUGAGAUGCGGUGCUAGCUGUUGGUCGACCUCCUUUAGCGCUCAUAUUACAAAAGAGAAGGAAAAAAGAGAGAUAUUCUUCAAUUUAUUUGAAUUUUACAUUUGGAAAGCUUUGAAAUGGAUAACUCCGGGCCCAAGAAGACGUGCUGUGAUUCCGUCAAAGACUUCUUUACUUCGGCUAAUUUCUUGAUUUAUAUGGGACAUGCUCUUUCAACAUGGGGUGACCGAAUGUGGAAUUUCGCUGUUGCUGUUUUCCUGGUGGAGCUCUAUGGGAACAGCCUGCUGCUCACGGCCGUGUACGGGCUAGUUGUGGCCGGCUCCGUGCUGCUGCUGGGGGCCAUCAUUGGGGACUGGGUGGACAGAAAUCCCAGACUGAAAGUGGCCCAGACUUCGCUGGUUGUCCAGAACAGUUGCGUCAUCGUGUGCGGGAUCCUCCUGAUGGUUGUUUUCCAGUUCAAAGAACAGCUUGUGGAGCUUUACAAUGGAUGGAUUCUGACCAGCUGCUACAUCAUGGUUAUCACCAUCGCCAACAUUGCCAACCUGGCCAGCACGGCAAUGUCCAUCACCAUCCAGAGGGACUGGGUGGUGGUAGUCGCAGGUCAGGACAGCAGCAAGCUGGCAGAUAUGAACGCCACAGUGCGCAUCAUCGACCAACUGACCAACAUCCUGGCUCCCAUGCUGGUGGGUCAGAUCAUGUCCUUUGGCUCACAUUUCAUCGGCUGUGGCUUCAUCUCUGGCUGGAACCUGUGCUCCAUGUGUCUGGAGUACAUGCUGCUGUGGAAGGUCUACCAGAAGACGCCAGCGCUGGCUGUGAAAGCGGGUCAGAAGGAGCAGCAGCAGGAGCUCAAACAGCUCAGCUCCCCUAAAGAGUUGGAGAACGGCCAGAGUCCUGAAGAGUCGUCUCAGCCUCUGAUGAAUGAAAACUCAGUCGUAGCUAAACCCGACUCCCCCAAGAAGCAUGGCUUGUGCCAUCAGGUGACCGAACCCUUGCGCACCUUCAGGGCUGGCUGGGUUGCCUAUUACAACCAGAACAUCUUCUUCGCCGGGAUGUCCCUGGCCUUCCUCUAUAUGACAGUGCUGGGCUUCGACUGCAUCACCACCGGCUACGCCUACACGCAGGGUUUGAACGGCUCCGUGCUCAGCUUGUUGAUGGGGGCUUCAGCCAUAUCCGGCAUCUGUGGCACUGUUGCCUUCACCUGGGUUCGCAAGAAGUGCGGUCUGAUCCGCACUGGCUUCAUCUCAGGCAUGGCCCAGCUUUCCUGCCUCAUGCUGUGUGUCAUCUCUGUCUUUGCCCCUGGGAGCCCCUUCGACCUCAGUGUGUCGCCCUUCAAGGACCUUUACACCCAUCUGAUUGGAGAGAAGACGCUACCUGAGGCUGAGCAUAUCAUCAACGGUGUCCUUCCUGCCGGAAACUCAACUACUGCUGCACCAGCUGAAGAGCUGCCACCUCUGCAGUCCUACAUGUCUGUUAGUCUGCUGUUUGCCGGCGUCAUUGCUGCUAGAGUUGGCCUGUGGUCCUUUGACCUGACAGUGACCCAGCUCAUCCAGGAGAAUGUGAUCGAGUCGGAGCGAGGUGUGAUCAACGGCGUCCAGAACUCCAUGAAUUACCUCUUAGACCUGCUGCACUUCAUCAUGGUGAUACUGGCUCCUAACCCAGAGGCCUUUGGUCUGCUGGUCAUCAUCUCUGUCUCGUUUGUGGCCAUGGGUCACGUGAUGUACUUUGGGUUUGCCUUCAAGAACCUGGGCACCCGUCUCUUCCUGUGCUGCUCACCGGAGCAGAAGGUGGAGACGGUUGAAAGCCCUGUCACAACUGUCUAACUGCAUUUAAGAGACUUUGUCCUGGGUACAUAUCUCUCAAGCCUUACAUAAAUCCUGCAUUUUAUUUAUCUCACUAACAUCUUUGCUUGUAGCUGGCAGAACGCUAACAAAAACCAGAGAACAGUAACCUAACAUGCUAUGCUUAACAGAGCCAUUAGUAAAGCAUUAAUCAUGAGCAGAGGGAGGUGAGUAGAAAGCUUGCAGUCAUAGAAAACUAACCCAUAGUCAAACUUAAGAUAUGGCAGGGUUUCUCUAACUUUUCAUAUCAGAUAAGAGCCUCAAACUCUUAUUUAUGGGUCUUUGAAACAUACAUGUACUGUCAAACAAGGCUCCAUCACUUCUCUGCUUGUGACCCCAAAGUGAGUCCAGCUGAAGAAGUCAGGGGACAAGGCACUCUAAGAUAUUCUUCCUCUAACCGCCUGGGAUUUAGCUGUAAAGAUUUCAAAGGUGCUUCAGCUAACAGCAGGGCAAAAUGAGGGAGAAAUGUCGCAGGAAAGCAGGCACUGAGGACAACAAAGACAGAGCAUCCUCUUCUUGUUGGUGCUGUAGUUGUGUCUGCUAGCUGUUCUCCGAAAGCCUUUAUGUUUGAUGAGCAAGUUGUGAAUGUCUUCCUACAGAAGGCGGAAGAUUCUUUAACCAAACACAAAACUGACAUCUAGUCUCCGCCAUGCAUGGUUAUGAGGGCACUGCUGUAGACUAUUUGUAAGAAGUGGAAGCAGCUGUAAGAUAGCUUUUUGCUUUGACAUUUUUUCCUUGCUAGAGAGAAGUGAGGGGAUUACCAAACCCUAAUCUAACAGUUUAUGCUGGUUUCAGCUUUGUUUGCAGGGUGAUGUGGUAUUAAAUGGUAUUAACAACUUAAUGCUCAACAAAAUACUUAUAAAGUCUAUGUGGUAGGGCCUGGUUGCCACAUCCUAAAGCAUACCCUGAUUAAGUUAUUUUAUAGAGAUGUAACAGUAUCAAAAUCUCAUGGUAUUAUAAUACCUCAGUAACAAGUCCAUGGUAAGAUGUUUGUUGCCUUAUAACCUUCUAAAACUGUUUUCCACAGCUGAAAAGAGCUGUAGGUCUUUGCCGAUAUACUGAUGAUACACCUUAUAAUCUGCUGAACCCUUGUUCUAUUGUGGGGAAGUGGGAUUGUGAAGGCUUGUUUAAGAGUCUGAUUUCUGGACACCGGGAAACCAAAAUUCUUUAAAGUGGCUGGAGCCUCCACAACCUGAAAAACUUUGUUGCUCAGUUCUCCCUUGCCAUUUUCUUGCUGAUCAAGCCAGUGAUUGAAGUGCAAGGGAUGGUGGGUACACAUGGGCUGAUGGUAACUGUAGUUCUCAUUUCCCUUCGCCCUGUUCUGAACUUUUUGCCCUGAAGACUUAUUGUUCGAAACCAUAACAUGUCCAUGAUGGUAUUAAGACGCUUUUGUCACCGCGAUACCGUGAAAUUAACAAUGCCGUUACAUCUAAAUUAUUUUACCCUCAGUGAAAUCAUAAUUUGCAUAAUAAGACUUCAAACUAGGGAUUGAGCCCAUAAACCUAUCAGAAAAAUGUUAAAGGCUUACUGUGUGACUUUCAGAGCAGAUUUUCUGACCAAAACAACCACUGUCUCCAUCUGUAAGCUCAACCCAUGUGGUGGUCAUCUUGCAAUAGGAAGGUCGUAGGUUCAAUCCACAGCUCCUGCAGCCACAUGUCGGUGUUUCCUUGAGCAAGACACUAAACUUCAAAUUGCUCCCACUGUGUCAUCGGUGGCGUGUUACUGGGUAUGGAAGCAUUUGAAAGGGAUUGGCUGAUUCUGAUAGCCAGUUCUUCUUUGCAGCCUUCACCGUCGGUGUAUGAAUGUGGAGUGAAUGGAGUGAAAGGGUGUGAAUGGGUAUUUGGACCUGCAGUGUAAAAGCUUUGAGUAGUCUGAUGACUAGCAAAGCGGGAUACAAGCUCUAGUUCAUUUGCCCCUUUCCUUCUGCCUUCGCUCUUCCCUGCCCCGCACCCUCAAUUUUGCCAGCAAAAUGUCUUCAGUAGGCAAGUGCUGAUAAACAUCAGAAAACGUGAUUGUGCAAUCAAUUUCAAGUGAUGAAAUGCAUCUUGGAGAUGCAAAAAGUGGCCAUCCGUUUGUCUUUUCAAGUCAAGAGGAAAUUUGCUUUGGUUUGGAGAGUCUGUUGGUUCUCCGCUGGCGAUGAUGCGUAGUCAUUAUGCACUAAGGGCAAGGCCAUUUUUUUCUUCCCCCACAUGGUGGCAGAGUAAAUGGUUGAGUUAGGUUCAGGCUUAAAAAAGGGCAAAAUAUAUAGGCACCUCUAAGUGAAGCAUAAACAAGCUGAAGGAAGUGCUGUCCCAUCAGUGUGAACGCAGAGCUGAGAACAACAAACCCAGAGGGAGUUUGACGUCACUUUUUUGUAUUUUUUCUUAGCAUGUUUUGCCUUUAUUUAGAUAGGAGGGCGGUGUAUUGGAAAAUGGGGAACUUGGAAAUGGGGAUUAGAGUGGGGAACAAUGUGCUGGAAAGAAACAACAGGCUGGCUUGAACCUAGCCCACUGCAUACACAGAGCGUGGCCUAACCACUUGGUAAUCUUUGCCCCUAUGGUCACUCUUUUCAAAGAAGUCAUGUUAAUAGGGUACAUUUGAUUUUUGUUUUACACAUAAUUAAACGUUGCAGAGUAAGACUUAAACUGUGAUAAAUCAAGUGAGAAGGAAGGUAACUCAGCAAUUAGAUACCUUUUACAACCUGUGGAGUCUCCCCCUGCUGGUCAAUAGAGAGAAUGCAGGUUUGUGCAUCCAAGAGGCUGCGUCCACUCCUUAUAUACAGUCUAUGGCUGAAGCUCUUUACUGUAUUUAUUCAGGAAACACAGAUGUGGAUUUUGUAUUAACUGUAUCAUCAGUAUUCUAACAGUCGUGCCAUGAGACAGAUACCGAGAAAUCCUAUGCACCCUUGUCAAUAACUCUCUCAGUUACCAAAGUCAAAGUCUGUGUGUGGCAUUUAAGGAAGUGAGGGAAACCUGGAGCAUUCCAAAUAUAGAUUUUUACAUCAGGUGACAGUAGUUGCUUUCAUACACAUCUCUGAAUAACCCACUCUGAGAUUGUACCUUAAUCCUCUUGUAGUUUACAUUAAUAGUGUUGUGUUGUCACCGUUUGAUUUUGAUAUUUUCUUUCUUGAGUAAUUUUGUAAUCAUGAUUGUUGUUACACAGGCACUUUAAGUGAUUGACGUCUGUCAUUACACCCAGUUCAUGAUCAGGCAUUUAAUCAAUACUUUUGCACAAUGCUGAAGUCCCAACCCCCCCCCUCCCCGUAUGGUUUAAUCACUUACAGUCUUUGUACAGGUCCUGUGGGAGAAUCUUGGAUUGAAUAAGGCACAUAUUUAAACUCCUAUUACCACAUGUUCAAGAGGAAAAACUGAAGCAGACCCUGAAUACAAGUCACAUCAAGUUAUGUCUGUGUGAAAUCAAGCCCAUGGGUGUUGACUAAGUCAAGAUUCCUCAGCAGAGGUUGAUAAAUUUCCAAGAAUGCCUGGCUACAGACAUCCGACAUUUAUAAACGCGUGGACACUUGGACAUUCAUAAAUGCAUGCGCAUUGCAGACUACUUUUUUUAACUGAGGUGUCUUUUUAUUGAAACUGAUUUCCACAGAGUGCAUGUGCUAAGCAGUAAACCAAACUUAACAUUUUGACUGUGAAAAGAUUUUUUAAAAGCACCUUGUGCCACAUCUGCCGCUCAGAAUGCUUUGCGUGUGGCUCCAGUCCCUUGGAAGCACACGCCAGAAUAUGUCAGCACUUUUGAAACUUCUUUCAGCAUGUGAAAUUCAUCCAUAAAAAUUAAACAUUGGUUUUCUGUUAAGUACUUUCACCUUAUGGGUUUCAUUUUAAGUGAAAAGACACCUCAAUUGUUAAAGAUAGCAGGCAGCUGACAUGGGUAGGGCAUUGUCACUUGGGCAUGUUCAGUGGGGCUGUAGAUAACAGAUUAAACAAAAAUAGUAAUUUGAAAAAGAUAACAGAGGUCUCAGGGCAUAGGAGAUCAUGGAUGUCUGAAGUCAGGUGCCUCUCAAAAUUUGUACUCGUGGCAAAAUUCUGACAUUUGUGUGAAUAAUUUUGACUUAACUGGACCAGUCUUGGAAAUUAAAAUCAAUGUUAUCUUGCACAUUUUUUGCAGGCUUCUUCUCCCUUGAGGAGACACAAGUCUCCUUAAACAUCUAAAAGAGAGCCUGCUUUAAAGUGAAGCUGUUUAAAAGUAGACAUGACCAAAAAGUACAGGAUGAUAAUGAAAAGAAAUUUAACUACAGCUAUCUGAAAUGGCUAAAAAUAAGCAACAAUAAGCUAACUGGUAAACAAUGCCUGGUAAGGCUGUAGCAAUAACCCCCUGAGUGUAAUAAGCUGAAUAAUGCCUUUUUUAAUUACAUAAUCCCACUUUAGAGCCCUCUAAAUGACGCAUCUAAUGUAGCCUAACUAGUUCCUUUUCACCUCUGACCUUUAGUGGUUUCUGUCACCUUAAAUCAGCUGUUAAACGCACAAAAGUGGCUAUGUUAGACGGUAACCAGCCGCACCCCAACCUUUUAAAUGAAAAUCCAGUUUUUCAAGCCUGAUUUUUGGUAAGGUGGGGGGGGGUAUUUAGGUUGGAAACAGAUUUAACCACACCAGAUGUUGGAGAACAGAGGCCACUUUUAGUCGCACAUUCCCAUGAAACCUUCUGGACGCCGUGUUGGCGAGUCAGCACGUCUGCAGGUGUGCCGUAAGGUGCAGACUCACAGGGAAUGGAACCCAAUUUUCAUGUUCCAUUGACGGUUUAUUUUUGUAAGUGCAAAUUCUGUCUAGGCACUAGAACAAAACCAGCUCUUAAAACAGUUGGUCUGCUGAUUCAGGAAUACCACACAUGGCCAUAACUUUAUUUUUACUGUAAAUACAAUUAUCUGUUGUUGAAUACAUUUGGAAAAUACUUAAAAAAGAGGAAAAAAUAACUGUGUUUACUGUUGCCAUGCAGUUUGUCUGAGAUGUUGACUUUUUUUUUUUUUUACAUGUUUUUACAUACCAAGUGUUCACUUUUGUGUCAAAUUGAGUUUUCUUGAAGAUUUUUUUAAUUUGUCCAUAAAGCAAUUAUUGCAUCUCAUUUGAAUACAUCUGUUAAAUUCUGCUUUGAUCUGACAAUAUAUAUCUCUUUGUAUAUAUAAAUAUACAGUAUAUAUAUAUAUAUAUAUAUCAGUGUUAUUGUAGUUUAUUAGGCAAAUCAGAAAGAAAUCAUUUUUCUGUGAUAAUCGCACUCCACUGAGUAUAAGGACGUUGGUUCUUCUUAUAUUGCAUGAGGUCUCAUGAAUAAAGAAAGCCUCCACAAUC